AUAAACGGAGGCCAAUGGGCAUUCAUAAUCCCACGGUCUGCUAGUGCUUCAUCACCAGCUGCCUUCAACCCACAGCGAGCCUGCAGCCAUGACGUUCAACGGAACCUGGAAGGUCGACCGCAGCGAUAACUAUGUCAAGUUCAUGGAGCAAAUGGGUGUUAAUGUCAUGAAGCGAAAGCUGGCAGAGCACGACAACCUGAAGCUCACCAUCGAGCAGACCGGGGACAAGUUUCACAUCAAAGAGUCCAGCACCUUCCGCACCAAAGAGAUUGACUUCACCCUGGGCGUCCUGUUCGACUACAGCCUGGCCGAUGGCACUGAAGUCUCAGGUACGUGGGAGAUGGAGGGUGACAUGCUGAAAGGCAAAUUCACCAGGAAAGACAACAGCAAGGUCCUGACCACCACCAGAGCUCUGGUGGGAGGAGAGCUCGUACAGAGUUACAACUAUGAGGGAGUGGAUGCUAAGAGGUUUUUCAAGAAGCAGUAACCUGGAGUCUGAAGUUCAUAUUUUAUUUUUUAUAUAGAUCACCCAAUGUAGAUCUGUUUUUAUUUUUCUAACAAUAAGACAUGACUAAGUCAAGCAUAUUCUACAUCAUAUACCUCCAAAUUGUACUUUUAAAAAAAGAUUUUUAAAAGUAUAGUUGACCACAGCAUUGCACUGUAAAUGUAAAAAGUGCUGAAACGUUAAAAGGUGUUUAACAGUCAAAUAAACUGGUAAAAAGGGUUCAAGUCAAAAAAUAUACCUAAACUUUAAUUAAAGGCAGGUGCAACAAAAUAUGAUAAUUCACUGAAAAUUUCAGUUUGAGAGAGGACGACAGCUGAAAGACAGUAUAACGGAUACUGUAAACAACACAAGAAGCCAAUACAGAGUCCAAACCAACUAGAACAUCCGUCACCAUGUCAGUGUAAUGUGCCUUAGAAAAACUCUCAGCAACCAGUGUCCCAGAAAUGGUUUAGGACUAUUGUGGCAUCUAGCCAUGCAGAUAGUUUUUUUUUUUCUUUGUCCAGAUUUCGAGAUAUUUGUCGCUGAGGUUUAUAUUUCCACUCUUCUACAAAAAAUGGGGAAUGGAAUUCCGUUUGUAAUUCUCCCUGCAUUGAAAAACAUCAUUUAAAACAAAUUCAAACCCAUUAGAAACAAUGUCCCAGUUACUCAUGAUAAUCCACAGAACAUGAACAGUUUUCAGAGGGACUACUUCAUUGGUACAACGUAGUUCCAAUGUAAGCUGCUCAUGUGUUAAUGGAUUACCCAAGGUAACGGGUCCAUUGUUUCUAGUAAUAUGCCACUGUUUUUAAAUGUCAUUUUCAAUGGUGUGAGCAAUGCCAAUGGAAACUCUUCAACCUCCAUGGUAAUGGGGUGGAAGCAUAAGUCUUAAACAUGAAUACCUCAAAAUGUGGGCACAAAAUUAUCAAAAAUAUCAGCAUGAUUAGAUACAACUAGAGGUGAGUGAGACACUGUUUUUUUUGUAAUUUGGGAGGACUUACACUUUAAAUGUCACCAACAGUAGAGAUGGAGCGCAGCUUACUUAAACAUCACCGUGCUGUUAGCUGCAUCAAAACAACAGCAUUUAGUCACACACCGGUCUGCAUCAUUCUGAUGGAAGGCAGCACAAUAAUGAUCCACCACAAAAUGACAUAUAUUGGUUAAUUUGCACUAAUGGUUCUUAUAUAUUAUAUAGUCUGUAACAUUAAAGCCGUUGUCAUGUGUCACUUAA